AUGGUGGUGGGGCGUGCGGGAGUUGGAAUUGUAGACUGUCAUGUUGUGGAUGAUGAUAUCUUGCUGCAAGAUCUUGGGGGAGGUUUGUUGCGCAUUGGUGAGAUCGGUGGUUAUGGGGAUCAAAUGCAGCUUGAUCCUAUUCUUCAACAUUCUAAUGCUGUUUUUAAUGCUAAUGAGUCUGUUCUUGAUGACGGAGAUGACGUACAGGGGGAUGUUGAUGCCCUUGGGAAUGCUGACACUUUAGCACCUGCUUUUUGCUGCUUUUGUUGCAUGUUGUUUAUUUAUGGUGGUGUGUUGUUUUGUUAUUUUAUGACGAUUGUGACUUGGAAUAUUCAAGGGGCAGCAGGACGUCAUAGUUUGCGUGCUCUUAAGGAUCUUUGUAGGCAUCAUAAGUCAAUGAUUUUGGUGUUGAUAGAGACGAAGAUUAGUGGUCCUAGAGCUGAUGUAAUUUCUCUUUCUCUGGGUUUUGGUAAUUGGGUGCGAGUUGAAGCAACUGGUUUGAGUGGUGGCAUUUGGAUCUUUUGGAAUACUGAUGUGGUUUCUGUCUCAGUGAUUUAUUCACAUUCACAAUUUAUUCAUUGUUUAGUUGAAAAUGUUAGUUGUUUUAAAUGGUUCUUUUCGACGGUCUAUGCUAGUCCUCGUGAACAUCUGAGACCUAUUUUGUUUUUUGCUCUUACUUGUAUUACUGCUCUCUCAGUGGGUCCUUGGCUUUUGGUAGGGGAUUUUAAUCCUUAUGCUGAAUUGAGUGAGAGAUCCAAAUUUACUUGGUGGAGGGGUCGUAGUACAGAAAUUUGUCAUGCUGCGAGAUUAGACCGUAUGUUUUGUAAUAGAGACUGGACGUUUCUGUUUCCUUAUGCUUCUGUGUUGCAUCUUGAGAGGGCUUUCUCUGAUCAUUGUCCUUUAUUGUUGCGGCUGGAUCUCAGGGACAUUUCUAGACAUCCUCAAUCUUUUAGAUUCCAAGCAGCAUGGUUUCAACAUCCUGCCUUCUUUGAAACAAGAAGAUUACUGGCAAGGCUUAGAGGUGUUCAAGAGAAACUUUGCUCAGAUAUGCAUCAAGGUCUCAUUAGUUUGUAUCGAAAAUUAAGGAUUGAAUUAGAACAGUUGUUGGAUCAGGAGGAAAUGUUAUGGUUCCAAAAAUCUAGAGAGAAACGGAUCACUGAAGGGGAGCGAAACACUGCUUUUUUCCAUGCUAGUGUUGCGAUUAAAGGAAAUAAGAAGCGGGUUGCUAGAUUGCCAGAUGAGAAUGGGCAGUGGAUUACAGAUCCAGAUCAGAUUAUGCACAUGGCUCUUCAGUUCUUUACUAAGCUCUAUUCUGAGCAUGCUAAUGGUGAUUUGACUAGAGUUCCCUCAAGUGCUUUUUUGACACUUUCUCAGGAUGAUAUUGCUCUGCCUUCAGCUGAUUUUCAAAUGACUGAAAUUAAGGAUGCUCUUUUUUCUAUGGAUCCUUAUAAAGUAUAA